CUCACCGCUGCCCAACAUCUAGCACAAACAUGGUCUGGUCGACCGCACGCGAGAUUUCCGCGGGCGACACGGUCAUCGUCUGGCUCACGCGAGACCAGCUUUUGCCGCUCGUCGUCACCCCGGGCAAGGACCUCAACAUCAAGUUUGGCUAUUACCGCCAUGCCGACUUCGUAGGCGUCCCCUACGGCACCAAGCUGGGCUCCCGCAACGGGAAGGGUUUCAUCCACCUGCUGCGGCCCACGCCAGAGCUGUGGACGAUGGCUUUGCCCCAUCGCACCCAGAUCUUGUACAUGGCGGACAUAGCAUUCAUCACCAGUUGGCUGAACAUACGAACAGGCAGCACCGUCGUCGAAGCCGGUACCGGCUCGGGCUCGUUCUCGCAUUCCCUAGCCAGGACGAUCGGGCCGUCCGGCCACUUGUACACUUACGAGUUCCACGAGACACGAGCGCAGAAGGCACAAGAAGACUUUGUUCGACAUGGAAUGAACAACGUCACUUUAGCGCACAGGAAUGUCUGUAAGGAUGGCUUCACCGUCGUCGAUCAAGCCGACGCAGUGUUCCUCGACCUUCCUGCUCCUUGGGAUGCUAUUCCACACGCUAAGCAGGCUUUGAGGAAAGAUCGCGUGGCUCGUAUAUGCUGUUUCAGUCCCUGCAUGGAACAAGUUCUUCGGACCGUCAGCGCCCUGAAUGAAAACGGCUUCUCCGACAUCACAAUGUACGAGACGCUUCUUCGGCCGCACGAGGUUUCUUACGCUGCCAAGCCGGUCAGCGUCUCCGUGGCCAGGGAUAAGCUCAGGCUCUCCGAGAUCAAGAAGGAGGACAAGAGGCAAAAGCAGAUCGCGGGCGCUCGGACACGGGCACUGGCAAAGGAGCAGGAACACGGGGCGAAACGCAAGCGCGAUGAGGAGGAGUCCAUCCCGGAGAAGACGGAGGGCGACAAGCGGCUGCGAAAGGAUGACGGCCUCGACGAUAACGCCAUGGACGCCGAAGACGCCGUUGCCGUGCCGCUCACGGGGGCCACUGACGUGCCUGCUCUGCCGGCUGCGCCAGCCGCUUCCACGGUCCUAGUGCAGCCUACCCCAGCCGCGGCACCGAGUGGAGCGGAAACUGUCUCCGAUACCACAGAAAAACCUAAAACUGCGGUCUCCCGCGUCUUUGCCGAAGUGCGGGGGCACACCUCGUAUCUCACCUUUGCCUGCCUUACCCCGCUCCCGCGCAAUGUUCCAGCAUCAGACGAGGUUGCGGAACCGUCGACCGCGGCGCCCGCGAAGGUGGCAGAUGGGACCUCCGCUACGAGCGAAUCGAUCUCUUCGCAGAGCGCGCGACCAGAUAGCGUCCAGCCAUCAGCAGUCGAAGAAGGAACGUCAACUAUAACGCCACCUGUUCAAUCAGAGGAAGGCGCGGAAACUUCAUUCGCAAGCUCCGGCUGAAGCUGCGACACGGCUACUCUGGUGCCUCGGGAAAACACAUGGAGGCCGGGGACGGGCGGAUGAGAGAGAGAGUUUGGUGUCAGAAACGCGCGACGCCGGUAAGUCAAUGUGACCGGCGUGCAAAGUAGUGCCCUUCGUGCAAGGAAUGGACACUCGAACGCCGGAUCAAUCAAAUGGGAGGUUUGACUUCGCCUCGUGCGCAAUCCAUAAGGUCGCUCAGUCUGCCGAGUGGAUGCAUAGUAAAGCUGGGAGGGGCAUGCACUGGGGACGAAACGGCAGCUGAUGUAGUACUAGACACGUGUAACACGGGUACGCAAGGUCCCGAAUUGCACUACGCUAGUGUACAUUGAUGAUGAAACCCUAUGAUACAUCGAAGAUAGACGAACAAUCAGAUCCCAGUGCCUAAUGGAGAGGCAAACGAUCUAUAGCAGAAGCAAGGUUGAAUGAAUCCAUUGUUCGUAACAAGUAGCAAAGAACCUCGGCAACUCUCGCGGCAUCAGCUGCCAGCAUACGUCAUCAAUGCAGUAACUGUACGGUGUGCGGGGGGCUCAGCCAACAUCCAUGUAGUGUAUAUAUAACGCGAUGCAAACUAGCAUCAAGUCUGCUUCGAGUGGUCUGGCGCGGACGUCAGAGCAUCCUCAGGAACACCGGACUUGAAGACGUCGCGGUCGCGCCGAGGUACAAUCAAGGCAGGCGGGCGCAGACUCGGGGCGGAAGGAGGCAGGUCGGAGAGUAGCAGCGAAUUCUGCUGCACGAGACGAAGCGUCGAGCCACCGUCGGCGGUGCUACGGCCCAUCGUGCUUUCCCCAUCCCCAUCGUUGUACAUCGUGGCCAUCUCAAGCGCACGCUCGAUGUCAAGUGUAGCGAGAGCAUCAGGUGAAGCCGAUGCCGGUUGCUUGCUAGCUGCGAUGGCGGCGAGCUGCUGAGUCGGUGAGGGCAGGGGUGGAGGAUUCCAAUCUUCCGCGCGGUCAUACAUGGUCUGGGGAUCCUCGCUGUAACUGAAUGUCCGAGUAGAGUAUGAGGGUUCCAUCCGGUGCGUAGCGCGGCGGGCUUGGUUGGGGGUGCUUGAGGGCGAAGGAGGAAACUUGAAUUCCUUAUUCAUGGUCCCGGGCGUUGGCGCUCUGUACUCCUCUUGCGCCAACUUCUCCUUGGUCGGAGCCUGGCCGCCCCCCUCCAUCUCGAACAAGAUCCGCUGUCGUUCACGCAGGCGGUAGCGGUAAACGUAGAUGGCCAUGAGAACCGCGAUGCUCCCGAUUAUACCGCCUGACGCCGCGCCAAUGGCGAUGGCCGCGCUCCCCGACAUACGCUUCGGUGCUGUGGCUUCGGCGCCUGUGGUGGGAGCGAAGGUAGGGAAACACGACGUCGGGCUGGACGUAUCACCAUCCACUGCAAGAAGCGGAGUAGAUUGGAAGUUUCCGUGUCCAUCAUCUACCAGGAAAAUCGCGCUUAGCCCACGAGCUAUGUCCAUGUUGAACGAGGCAGAAGUGGGAGUUGCAGCUCCCGUCUCAUUGAGCCUCGCAGCAAAGAAUUUCGGUAGGAAGGCACGGACAGAUGGGGUAGGGGAGGUGGUGUUCCAGCUAACAACAAAAUCUUCACAUUGAGAGACUGUCGUAGGAAGGUUGAAGUGCGGCGGGGCGUCCACUGCGGUCGACGAAGGGAGGCAGGAUGAAUCAUUCGACGGCUGCACUUCUAUGAUGUCCGAAAUGCCACCCGUGCUCUUGUUGUUGGCAUCGUCCAAUGAUGCCACGAACCGAGUACCAGCUGCGAGGGGUAGGAAAGUGAUGGCGGCUCCGGUCUGCGUUUUGUCGUCCCAAUCCGCGUCCGAGAUGACUAUGGAUAUGAGCUCGGUGCUGUUGAUGGGGACGACGUGCAAUGUCAUGGGCAGCGCGGAAGGCGCUUCGCCACCGGAGAAUGAGAUGUUGAGAGGGCCGCAUUGACCAACGGAAGAAAAGGUGAUUGAAUGGAAGGUAGCUGAGACUGCUGAAGGCCCAAAUGCCAGCAAGCCGGCCAAGAACAAGGCGAAAGGAGCUGGCAUGCCAGAACCCGAUAGUCAAGGACGAACGGCUGGCCGUCGACCUAGAGUAAAUAGAGGAAAUGCGAAAUGAGCGACAUACACCAGCCUGCGCUGAUGAGCGUAGGUGCAAAGACCUGCGGCCAGAGCGGCCAGGGGGUCGAGGGCGAGCAAUUGGAUAACUGGGAGCUUGCCGGGACGAUGGUCUACCGUUCACGCUGCUUCCUUCUUCUCGCGCGGACCCUAACGACGGUCAAUUCCGAAUAUGAUCAUCCAGGACUCCCAUCUCCAGAAAAAUCCCGAUAGGCCUAGAAUUCUCAUGAACACACAGGCACAAACACGUCGCCGUCCCUUCUCCUUUGUGACUACCCUCUUAGGUAGUUGGACAGCCUUGCCGAAUGGAACUGGGUUUCGAACGUUGCGUAGUCCUG